AUGCGUUGGUUAAUAAUCAGAUUCACGCUGCUACUAGUCCAAAUUUUGAGCACCGCCUACACGUUCUUCACGCUACCACUCUACCUUGUCGUACAGAGGCCUUGGAACUACUGGCGUCGAUCGAGGAAGUGCUUCGCCAAGCCCGUCGAGGAAGACGACCCGUCCUCACCGUAUUGGCGCACAGGCAAUAACCAACGAGUCGACGCUCUCAGAGGCGUAUCCACUCUGGACGAAUUGGCCCGCAGAGCCAUCACGAAAUGGCCUCACAGGCGCUCUCUGGGGACCAGGGCUUUUUUACGUCGGACCGAAGAAAAACAGCCUGGCAGCGGCAAGGUGUUCAAGAAGAUGGCCCUGGGCGACUACCAGUGGCUGACGUACGGUGAAGUGGACCGUAAGAUCGAGCUCACCGCGCGAGGCCUGAGGGCGAUUGGUGCGAGACCUCAUCAGUACUUGGCCAUCUUGGCCGAGACUCGCCUCGAGUGGCUUCUGACGGCGCACGCCUGCUUCCGCAGCAAUAUUCCGCUGGUGACGCUGUACGCCACGCUGGGCGACGAGGGAAUCGUCAGCGCCGUCAACGAGACCGAGGUUACGCACCUGGUCACCUCCGCGGACCUUCUGCAGCGCGUGCAAAAUCUGGUCAACAGGAUGCCCUCGCUGACGCACAUUGUCUGCAUCGAGAAUCCCGAUUCCCGGUUGCCGCUGGUCGAAGACCGAAUUCCAAAGGUAGUUCCAUUUUCAAGUCUGGAAGGCCUCAGCGUGAGCUUUGUGGCAGAAAAGAGCGUGCCGACGCCAGAAGACGUAGCCAUCGUGAUGUACACCAGCGGGUCGUCCGGUGCACCCAAAGGAGUCGUGGCGACGCACAGGAACAUCAUCGCUGCCAUCAAUGGCCUCGGCGCCGUCCGCCAGGCGUACUGCACCGAAGAAGACACCUACAUCGCCUACCUGCCCCUGGCGCACGUCCUCGAACUGUCCGUCGAGUCGCUCGUCUUUGGUACCGGCACCCCGAUCGGCUUCUCCUCGGCGCUAACCCUGACUGACGCAUCGACGGGCGUCGCCAAGGGCUUUCGCGGAGAUGCAUCACUCCUGCGGCCGACCCAGAUGGCCGCCGUGCCUCUGGUCGUCGACAGGAUUUGCAAGAGCAUCUCAGAUGUCGUCGCCUCGAAAGGGCUCCUUUCGAAAGCGUUGUUCGAGUACGCGGUCGACUACAAGAACUACUGGCUCGACCGCGGCUUCGACACUCCCCUGUUGAAUUACUUCGUCUUUGACAGCGCCAGGAGCGUACUGGGCUCGCGGCUCAAGGUUCUCGUGUGUGGCUCGGCGCCGCUGUCCACUCGAACACGCCGCUUCGCCCGGGCCUGCCUGUGCUGUCAGGUGGUCGAGGCGUACGGCAUGACCGAGACGUGCGCCGUAGCCACGGCCAACGAUGCCGACGACACGAGCGUCGGUCGAGUGGGAGCACCGGUUCCGGGCACCUACGUCCGACUGGUCGACUGGCCCGAGGGCGCGUACCGCGUGUUCGACAAGCCCAAUCCUCGAGGUGAGGUCGUCGUCGGGGGUCCCUGCGUCGCAAGGGGCUACUUUAAGAAGCCAGAGCUCACGCGUGAGGUGUUCACAUACGAGGCCGGUGUCCACUGGUUCUACACCGGAGACAUCGGAGAGAUCUUCCCUGACGGCACGCUCAAGAUCAUCGACCGCAAGAAGGAGCUGGUAAAGUUGCAGUACGGCGAGUACGUCUCGCUGGGUCACGUCGAGACCGUUCUCAAGACGUGCCCCCUCGUGGACAACGCGCUUGUCUACGGCAGUUCGCUGCAGACGUACCUUGUGGCGCUCGUAGCGCCGAACCACCAGCAGCUGCAGCGCGUGGCUGUGGACCUCGGCAAGUCCGUGGGAAAGAAGCUCACCCUCAAAGAGCUCUGCGAAGACCCCGAAGUAAUCAAGGCCGCCACCGAGUCUAUCCUCUCGUUCGCGCGCAAGAGCGGCGAGCUUCAGAAGACCGAGGUGCCGCUCAAGCUCAAGCUCUGCCCCGACGAGUGGAGACCGGACACCGGACUGGUCACGGCCACCUUCAAGGUUCGCAGGAAGCCCCUGCAGGAUUUCUACGCGAAAGAUAUCGACGCCCUCUACGGUACGACCGAGCAUACCGUGCCGGCACCGGCAUGA